AUGUGUUUUCUUACAUCGGUUUUUAUCUGGUCUUAUAGUAAUGAAAUUACAAUUAGCACAACCGCUGAUCCCGACGGUUGUCUGAAUGUGAAUUCCUCUGCCCUGGACCAAGCAAAAGGGAUUCAAGCGAAUUCGUUUGAACAGUUCCCUAGUUUUUUGAAACAGUUGCUUAAAUCGCAUCUGUCUGGAAAAUUUUAUUUGGGUUUACCAAAGAAAUUUUGUGAUGCACAUUUGCCAAACCAUGAUGGAAGUAUUAUAUUGGUUGACGAAAACGAUCAAGAAUACAAUACAAAGUACUCUGUUCGAAAAAAUAGACUGAGUGGUGGUUGGAGGGGUUUCUCCAUUGAACACAAAUUGCUAGAGGGCGACGCGUUUAGUAUUCCAUCUGAUCGAGCCUUGCAAGUAUACAUUGUGAGAGCAGGCAAAAUAACAGAAAACGAAGGGGCAAUCGGCCUUCAGACUUAUGAUUUUCAGAACAUUAAGCCAAUUAGUGCCGUGAAAAUGGAAGACCAAAUGGAAGAAAAUGCAUGUACUGGGAAAACAGCAAGUCACUCUGCCAAUAGCAUCGAUCAGUUUAAAGAUAUAAGUGGUUUUGAGGAUUUCAAGAUCCAAUUGGGUGGCCUAAUUCUCGACUCGGAGAUGCCUAAAAAUAUCAUAGCAAAAUAUUACAACCUCUGCUGCAGUCAAAGAAUGUUUCUGCACGACCACCUUAUAAAUGGUCUCAGCACCAAGUUAGCCGUUGUAAUGAUUUCCGAAACUACCAAUAUAUCCGAGGCUGUGAGAUCUGCUGACGUGUCGACUUCUCUUCAUCAUUUGGAAUGCUGGGAGAAGACUUUGAAAGCUUUCGAGGAUUUAGGAAUGGCCGUUGGAUUUAUACGCAAUAGGCUGCAUAAAUUACUGGAAAUUUUGCGCGAAGCACAAUCGAAUAACGAGUCGAAGAUGACAAUGAGAGCGCAAGCUGAUCACGUGAGCGGUAAUCUUGAGACUACUUUGAAUGUCGAAGCACUUAUAGGAAGUCUAGAGGCCGAAAUCGAGACUCUCAGAUGGAAAAACGAGAAGUUCGAGUUUGAAUUCCGUGAGCUUGCUCGAGCUCCAUGGUAG